CCGGCGCAGGCCCGGGCCCGCGAGCCCCGCCCUCGCCCUCCGCCCGCCCAGGCGCCCGGCGCGGGCCGCGCUCCGUCGCAGCGGCGGGGCCGCAGGCGGCCAUGACGGCGGGCGCCGGGGCCAGGCCGGCGCCGCGCUGGCUGAAGGCGCUGGCGGAGCCGCUGAGCGCGGCGCAGCUGCGGCGGCUGGAGGAGCACCGCUACAGCGCCGCGGGCGUCUCGCUGCUCGAGCCGCCGCUGCAGCUCUACUGGACCUGGCUGCUCCAGUGGGUCCCGCUGUGGAUGGCCCCCAACUCCAUCACCCUCCUGGGCCUCGCCAUCAACCUGCUCACCACGCUCGUGCUCAUCUCCUACUGCCCCACGGCCACCGAGGAGGCACCAUACUGGACAUACCUUUUAUGUGCACUGGGACUCUUUAUCUACCAGUCACUGGAUGCUAUUGAUGGAAAACAAGCCCGAAGAACAAAUUCUUGUUCUCCUUUAGGGGAACUUUUUGACCAUGGUUGUGACUCUCUUUCCACAGUAUUUAUGGCAGUUGGAGCUUCAAUUGCUGUUCGCUUAGGAACUCAUCCUGACUGGUUGUUUUUCUGCUCUUUUAUUGGGAUGUUCAUGUUUUAUUGUGCUCAUUGGCAGACUUAUGUUUCAGGCGUGCUGAGGUUUGGAAAAGUGGAUGUGACUGAAAUUCAGAUAGCUUUAGUGAUCAUUUUUGUGUUGUCUACAUUUGGAGGAGCAACCAUGUGGGACUAUACGAUACCCAUUCUAGAAAUAAAGUUGAAGAUCUUUCCAGUUCUUGGAGUAGUAGGUGGAGCAAUAUUUUCCUGUUCGAAUUAUUUCCAUGUUAUCCUCCAUGGUGGUGUUGGCAAGAAUGGAUCUACUAUAGCAGGCACCAGUGUCUUGUCACCUGGACUCCACAUAGGAAUAAUUAUUAUACUGGCAAUAAUGAUCUAUAAAAAGUCAGCAACUAAUGUGUUCGAAAAGCAUCCUUGUCUUUAUACCCUAAUGUUUGGAUGUGUCUUUGCUAAAGUCUCACAAAAAUUGGUGAUAGCUCACAUGACCAAAAGUGAACUGUAUCUUCAAGACACUGUCUUUUUUGGCCCAGGUCUUUUAUUUUUAGACCAGUACUUUAAUAAUUUUGUAGACGAAUAUGUUGUUCUGUGGAUAGCAAUGGUCAUUUCUUCAUUUGAUAUGAUGAUGUACUUUAGUGCUUUGUGCCUGCAGAUUUCAAGACACCUUCAUCUAAAUAUCUUCAAGACUUCAUGUCAUCAAGCACCUGAACAGGUUCAAGUUCUUCCUUCAAAGAGUCUUCAGAAUAACAUGGAUUGAAGAGACUUGCGAACACUUGCCAUCUCUUGCUGCUGCUGUUACAUGAAAGGCGAUAUUAAACAUUUGUUUAAUUUUUAGAUAAGUGUUAUACAUAUUUCAGCAAAUAAAAUAUUUCAAUGCUUACAUUAA